AUGUCUACACCCGUGAACAAAGAUGAGGCGAUCCACGAAAAGUCGGAAGUUGUCCAUCAAGAUGAUGCCCUUUUCCGCACGGCUAGUGAAGCUGGCCCGGAAAAGCCGCUUCCUCGCAUAGGCAAGGUAGAUUAUUCGGGGGCAUACGAGAAGACUGACCCGAAAGAGAUCGCUCUGGUGAAGAAACUGGAUAGAUGGAUCAUGCCGAUGCUCUGGUCAAUGUACUGGCUCAACUAUCUCGACCGGAACGCCAUCGCCUUGGCUCGUUUGAACGACCUCGAGGAAGACCUUAACCUGUCGAGCACCCAAUAUCAAACUUGUGUCAGCAUAUUGUUUGUUGGCUACAUCUUGGGUCAAAUUCCGUCCAACAUGUUCAUAAACCGAACCCGACCAAGUCGUUAUAUGGGGAUCAUGAUGAUGUUGUGGGCGACCGUCAGCGCACUUACUGCUCUGUCCAAAGACUUCGUUGGCCUCCUUCUCACCCGCUUCUUCCUAGGUGUGACUGAAGCUCCUUAUUAUCCCGGUGCCGUAUACAUUCUUUCAGUGUUUUACAACAGGAAAGAAAUUGCUACUCGCAUCGCCAUCCUUUACACCGGUAAUGUCCUGGCGACCGCGUUUGCUGGUUUAAUCGCCGCUGGCGUGUUCCACGGUAUGGACGACGCGAUGGGCCUUGCUGGGUGGCAGUGGUUGUUCAUUCUUCAGGGUGCCGUAACCUUCGUGAUUGCACUUGUCGGCUACUUUGUCCUGCCAGAUUUCCCACUCACGACGAAGUGGCUGACCCCUGAUGAACGCCAAUUGGCUUAUAGUCGCAUGGAAUUGGACACGGUUCAGAAUAAGGGUGAAACCGGCACAUUAGCUGGUCUCAAACAGGCGGCUCGAGAUCCGCUGGUUUGGGUGUUCGCAGCAAUGGCACACAUGCAUUUGGCGGCUAACGGGUUCAAGAAUUUUUUCCCGACCGUUGUCGAGACUCUUGGGCUUGGGGAGACUGUCACUCUUGUUCUCACCUGCCCUCCUUACCUGAUUGCUGGCGCAGUUACAAUUCUGCUCUCCUGGUCUUCUGGCCGCUAUAACGAGCGGACCUGGCACAUCACUGUGUCGAAGACUGUCGCUGUAAUUGGCUUUGUUGCAGCAGCUGCCACGCUUAAUAUGGCGGGACGAUAUGUGGCAAUGGUCAUAUUUACGAUUGGGACUUACGGGGUUAACAGUCUCAUCCUCGGCUGGUGUGGCAGUGUCUGUGGACAGACCAAAGAGAAGAAGAGCGCAUCUAUCGCGAUUGUGACGACAAUCAUGAAUGCGAGCUUCAUCUGGACGCCCUACCUGUGGCCAAAGAGCGACGAGCCCCGUUAUGCUAUUGCGAUGGGAGCUAGCGCAGGCUUCAGUCUGGCCACCGCCCUGCUAGCAUGGUUGGCCAAGUAUUUGCUGAUGCGAAGGAAUACUAAACUUCGCCAGUCAAACAACGAGACCACCACGUUUUACGUGUAUUGA